CGUGUUUCCGGUUUGGUAUCGAAGCUAAGCGGAAGGGAGUGUCGGACACGCACACACACACAUACACAAAUACACACACUCACACACUCUCUCUCUUACUAAAACACAGAUAUAAACAGCAGAACAGGCCCCAGCAGCAGCAGCGCCCGGCUCUCAGUAGGUCAGCAUGGCGUCCAGCAGCACGAGCAGUGAGGAGGAGAGGAGUUUGCGGGAAUGUGAGCAGUACGUGCAGAAACACAGCAUCCAGCAGCUGCUGAAGGACUGCAUUGUGCAGCUGUGCACGUCCAGGCCAGAAAGACCCAUGGCCUUCCUCAGAGAUUACUUCGAGAGGCUUGAGAAGGAGGAAGCAAAGCAGAUGGUUGGCCAGCAGAAAUCCAGCUCUCGUUCGGAUUCACGUGAAGAUGAGAUUUCACCUCCCAUGAACCCUGUGGUUAAGGGCCGUCGCCGCCGUGGAGCCAUCAGUGCUGAGGUUUACACAGAGGAGGAUGCUGCUUCUUACGUCAGAAAGGUUAUUCCAAAAGAUUAUAAAACGAUGGCUGCGCUGGCUAAAGCGAUUGAGAAGAAUGUGCUGUUUGCCCACCUUGAUGAUAAUGAAAGAAGUGAUAUAUUUGAUGCCAUGUUCCCUGUGAACUACAUUGCUGGAGAGACCGUUAUUCAGCAAGGGGAUGAGGGUGAUAACUUCUACGUUAUUGAUCAGGGAGAGAUGGAUGUGUAUGUGAAUAAUGCAUGGGUGACCAGUAUUGGGGAAGGUGGCAGCUUUGGAGAACUGGCUUUAAUCUACGGCACCCCAAGGGCAGCGACUGUCCGAGCUAAAACCAAUGUGAAGCUGUGGGGCAUCGACAGAGACAGCUACAGGAGAAUACUGAUGGGAAGCACUCUGAGAAAGAGGAAGAUGUAUGAGGAAUUCCUCAGCAAGGUGUCAAUCUUAGAAUCACUGGAUAAAUGGGAGCGACUCACUGUGGCCGAUGCACUCGAAACGGUGCAGUUUGAGGACGGUCAGAAGAUUGUGGUUCAAGGCCAGCCUGGAGAUGAAUUUUUCAUCAUCCUUGAGGGUUCUGCUGCAGUUCUGCAGAGGCGCUCUGAAAAUGAGGAGUUUGUGGAGGUGGGCAGACUCGGACCCUCAGACUACUUUGGUGAAAUUGCUUUGCUGAUGAAUCGCCCUCGUGCUGCCACCGUGGUCGCCCGCAGCCCACUGAAGUGCGUAAAGCUGGACCGCCCUCGAUUCGAGCGUGUGCUGGGGCCAUGCUCAGACAUACUGAAGAGGAAUAUCCAGCAGUACAACAGCUUUGUCUCACUGUCUGUCUGAGUCGAAGCCGCCCUGGCCACUUCCUCUUUUUAUCUAACGCAGGGUCCACCAAUGCAGAUCGCUUUAUUUUCUUACUUUUCUUUCAUAUGUUUAUUUUACUCACUCCCAGGUGCCCAUUCAGUUCCCUUCUCCGGUACGUAUUCCGUCCUGUGUUUGGGCUGCUUAUUUAGAAAGAAUAUGAGUCCUCACUAAGGAGACUGUAAAACUGAAGUUUGGUCUUUGACGUGUCAUUGUUGUAAAGCGAGGGAAAGAAUAGGAGGGUCUCCUUUUUUCAGAUCUACUUAUGAAAGAACACAAAACUGUAUUACAGUGUUUAUGAUGGUGUUUGUAACAUACAGUCUUAAAUAUAUAGGUGCUGCAAAGAGUUAUUUGGGCAAUGCCAUAGUAGGAUAUUUUUUGUAAAAUAGAUAAAUCUAUAGGAAUUAUUUAAUGUAAAGGAUCUUUCCCAUUUAAAGGUUCUUUACAAAAAUUACAAAAGUGUGUUUUCAGAUGGUAUUACUCAAAGCCCCCUGUGUAGAACCUGUAUUUUAGGACUUUAAGGCUAGGAACUGCUGGGUACAUCUGGGAAAGUGUCCUGUUUGAACCAUGGGAAAGUAUUUCGCCUUUCGUUUUCUUCUGCAUCAUUUGACUAUAGUUAAGCCAAAGGCAAAUCUGCUCUAUGUUGUGUUUGAGUUCCGUCAGUUCCGUUAGUUUUGUCAAGGGUACUGAAGUUUUAAACAUCACCAUAGUUACCAUGGUGAUCAGCUUUGCUCUUUUCUUGUUGUAGGUGCACAUAUAUAGCAUAUGUAAAUGAUUAUAAUAUAUUAAAAGUAAAUGACCAUAAUCAUAUUUUUUGCACAGUUUGGUAUACAUAUAUAAAUAUAUAAAUUUAAAUAUAAAAAUCUAUAUAUGCUCCUGCUAUUUCACAUUAUUGUUAUUGCUGGUCCAAGUGGUUCUCUCUUUGUUUUUCCACUCACACCAUUUAUCUCACAGCUUUUUCUCUCAUUUACCUCACAUUGCUUUUUGUGUUGAUAUUACCUAAAAUAUAUUGACAAGCUUUAAUUUUAAUGAAGUAUUUGUUGGAUUUUGGUGGAUGUGUGUCAAACAUUUCAGUUUAUACAUAGUUUAGAUGUGAUUAAAGCUACACAGAGGGAAGAAGGUUUUUUUUAGCUUGUCAAACAAAUUAGCACAUAUACAUUUGAGUGUUUUUGUUUUCAAGUGUAGUCAUUCAUUUUAAAGGUACAAUUAAGAUUUAUCAAGUACUGGCUUGUUAACUUGAUUAGGCGUUUCACUAUUCUGCAUUCUGCUUUUAUUGUUUUCUCAUAUUUUGUUUUUUUUUUUCUAAGAAAAAAAUGUGGCUCAUAGUCAAACCAGUCAAAGUCUUAAGAGCUUUAGUAUUAAAUGAUAUCAGAUGACAUCUUGAACAUAUGUUAUUCUUUUGCUGUACGCCAUCAAGCUGAAUGUGUGCGUAUUGCCAUUGCGAUAUUUCAGAACAGUUUGUGUUAAGGAACUGGUUACGAGGUUAAUGCAACCAUCUAGUUCACAGGCUGGAAGUUUUCUGUUCCACGCUGUGGUGCUUUCCAAUGCAGUGUUACCAUUUGCUGAAGCUUUUGUUAAAUAUUUUAAAUGUUGUGACCAGGAAUUGCUGUUUUGUUUUAAGUAAAGUGUGUGUAGGCUUUCAACUGAGUGAUAUGUGAUUUCUGUGUGUUAGACCCCUUUAGACCCUUCUACCAAAAUACAUCUAUGUAGGGUCAGUGUAAUGAAUUUAAUUUUUGAAAGUGCCUGAUUUUACUUUGUAACUGUUAGCAAUUUUCUUUCUUUUUGAUUCUAUACUGUGCUGUUGAUAAGCACAGAUUCAAGGUGUGUGUUGACUUCAGUGUCUUUUUAUUGGUGUCUUUAACAGUGUAAGGUUGACAACCUUUCCACAGCGCCAACAUUUCCCUGGCUAAAUACUGUAAAGAUCUUUCUUUACUUCAGUUCGUAGCUUUGUCAUGCUUUGGUCAGUUCUUGUAAAGAAUUAUUGGAAAUGAGUUUGUUUAUCAUUUAAAGCUUGCGAUCAGUUUUCCACAGGUGUUUCAAGAAAUUGAAUUAGUGAAACAUUUUAAUCAAGGACAUGUUUACCCUGUCUUUUUUUGUAGUGGUAAAGAUUGACACCCGCAGGUCAUAUCAUGUGUUUUAAUAGUGUAAUUAUAACUGCCUAUCAUAUUAUUUGGUGUAAACGGGCAGAACUAAUCUUGGAGUGGGAAAUCCAGGUAGAUAAAGGUGUGAUUCUGCAGUGUUUAAAUUGAAAUUCUAUCAGUGUUUAAUCAUAAAUUGUUGAUUUCUAUUUUUAUAUCAUUCAGCUCCACUUUGGCUAAUUUUUUGUCGGUCAUGAAGGGGCAUUUGUAUUAGCAUAAAUGGUACCCUUGGAAAGUGGUCAUGUUUUUAGCUUUUUUUCUCAAAAUAAAACCCAUUCUUUUGUAUUUUGCUAGUUUUUCCAUACUUACAGUCCAGAUUCGACCUUGUAUAUUGUUACAACCAAAUUAACCAGGCAUGCUAAUGUGGCUAACAGCAAAAAAAAGCUAGCUAGCCAUUGUUUAGCAUGGCUAGUGGUUAGCAUUUAGCUUAUUUGUCAGCAUUUGAUUAACCCUUCCUUCAAACUAUAAAAGCCCCAGUACACACACAUACACACCUUUAUACAGCUCUGUGGUUUGUAAAGCCUUCAGUCUAUGCUGCUGUUGGCCGUCAGAGGACCAUUUCUCUAUUAUCUCUCUCUCUUAUGUGAUUGUAUUCAGGUUUUUUGUUUGUUUUUAUUGUGCUGUAACCCUUUUUGGUAUAGAUUGUCCAAAAUGGCAGGUCAAGCAAUAAAAAAAUAAAUUCUUAAA